AUGUCCAUUACCUUUGAUGCGAUUACGGGGGCAGACCAAAAUAAGAAGAAGUUAUGGGAGCGAAUUUUAGAACAAUAUAAACAACAUAUUGGUGUUCCAACUGAGCGAAAUUAUGUUGGUUUGAUGAAUUGUUGGUCGGUGAUGCAACCAAAAAUUAGCAAAUUUUCUGGCUGCAUGACUACUAUAGAAAUGAAUCGUCCCAGCGGCUUCAGCAAUGAUGAUAUGAUGAUAACAGCUAAAGACCUGUUUCGUAGCCAAACAGGUGGUGAAUUUAAGUUAGAAAGUUGCUGGGAGAUCUUGAAGCAUAACAAUAAAUGGAAUUCACAUUGUGCCAAACAAGUAGGAAAAGGAAAAAAGAAAAAAGAGCCAAAGAAGAGGAGUGGAUUUGACUUUGACAUUAAUGAGUCUGGGCACUCAUUACCAUCUACUCCGUCAAGUCAUGCAACCACGACAGAUGGAGCUUCAACUAAAGAAUCACCACACAUAGGGGAAAAUGAUUCACCUGGUGUGGAAGAAUAUCAACAACAAAGACCAGUAGGAAGAAAAGCGGCGAAACAACGUCGAGCAAAAAUUAAUUCAGCGAAUGAAUUGCAAACUUCAUUCGUUUCGAAAUUUAAUAAUAUCACCACCCGUUUUGAGAGUCGUUAG